AUGAAUAAACUCUUUGACACCAUCCCACCCGAAAUUAGCUACCUCUCCAAACUCAUCUCUCUUGAUCUCUCUCUUAAUCAAUUUUCCGGGAGAAUCCCACCAGAAAUUGGUUUCCUGAAAAAUCUUAAAGUUCUCCUCCUCUUCAGAAAUAACCUUUCUGGCUCUAUUCCUAAGGAGAUAGGAAGCUUAAAAUCAAUUGUGGAUCUAGAGUUGUCAAACAAUCAACUAGAUGGUUCAAUUCCCUCUUCAUUUGGUGAUUUGAGCAGCUUAAAAACCUUGAACCUCAGUUACAACAACCUUUCUGGCUCUAUUGCUAAAGAGAUAGGGAAACUGAAAUCUAUUGUGUGUCUAACCUUGAGGAAUAAUCAACUGAACGGUUCAAUUCCCACAUCUCUUGGUGACUUGAGAAAAUUGAAAAUCUUAUACCUCCGUCAGAAUCAACUUUCCGGCACGAUUCCUGAAGAUAUAGGAAACUUGAAAUCUCUUGUAUAUCUAGGGUUGAGCGUCAAUCAGCUCAACGGUUCAGUUCCCACUUCAUUUGGUAACUUACUCAAAUUAAAAACUUUAAAUCUCCGUCAGAACCAGCUUUCGGGAUUCAUCCCCCAACAAAUGGAGAACCUCACCAAGUUGAUUGAGCUUCAUUUGGAUACCAACCAUUUCUCUGGUUAUUUACCCCAAAAUGUUUGCCAAGGGGGAUCUCUCACAAACUUCAGCAUAAACAAGAACCAUUUCAUAGGUCCGGUUCUUAAGGCUAAAUGA